AUGUUGGAGCAGGCGUGUUGGGGCAGCAGCAGCAAUAAGUGGCAGCAGUUUGGACAGCAGCAAGCAGCAGUUUCUGCAGCAGGUUCGGCAAAAGUUUCUGCAGCAGGUUCGGCAACAGUUUCUGCAGCAGUUUGGACAGCAGCAACCAGCAGUUUCUCCAGCAAGUUCGGCAUCAGUUUCUGCAGCAGUUUGGACAGCAGUGGGGAGGCUGUAGAAGGUUGCGCAUAUGCUCGAUAUUGCACUACACUGCUCAUUAUUCAACAUUUCAACAUGGUUUAUGAUCAAAGUCAUAAAACUAAAAUUAGUGAUUCCAUGUUGGUCUUACUAGCUUUAGCUUGCUCAUUGUUGGGGAGUGCAUUAGUUGAUGGAACAAGACUUGUGACUGCCAAUAAUUUUGAAUCAGUUAAGCACAAGGGAACAGUCAAAACCAUAGAGAGUGACAGCGGUGAUGUUAUAGAUUGUGUUGAGAUUUACAAACAACCUGCUUUUGACCAUCCCCUUCUCAGGAAUCACACUAUAGAGAUGGAACCCAGUUCAACUCCAAGUGGAGUAAAACCAACAAACAACCAAGCCAAGCUUAUUCAAGAUUGGUUCAAGAAUGGAGAAUGCCCUGACGGAACGAUCCCCAUCAUUAGGCCACAAAGAUAUGAUUAUAAUUGGAGAGCCCCAAGAAGGCUUGAUAACAGCUUUGGUGAUAAUCCUUAUGAAAAUCAUGAGUACGCCAAAGUUUUCUUGCCCGAUGGAACCUACUAUGGAGCACAUGCAAGUAUGAAUGUGUGGACACCUGCAACUUACGAUACUGACAUUAGCCUAGCUCAGAUUUGGGUUGUCUCUGGUGCAGGCGAACAACUGAACACUAUCGAAGCAGGGUGGAUCACUCAUUCAGGUCGGAAUCAAACAAGGAUGUUCUUAUACUGGACGAGGGACAAUUACAAUAGCACCGGUUGCUACAAUCUUGACUGCCCUGGUUUCGUGCAAACCACCCGUAAAUAUGCAGUUGGUGCUGUUAUACCACGUGUUUCCAGCUACAAUGGGCCACAAUGUUCGUUAGUUUUCACCAUAGUCAAGGCGGUGCCGAGUGGCAAUUGGUGGCUCCAAAUUCAAGGUGAGUACAUAGGUUAUUGGCCUGGCUCCAUUUUUACAACACUGUCUGAUCACUCUACAAGAAUAACCUGGGGUGGGGAGAUUGGCACUUCUACACCACAUGGUCGUCACACACAAACUGAAAUGGGCAGUGGCCAUUUCCCUCAUGAAGGCUAUGGAAAAGCGAGUUAUUUUUACCAUGUUCAGUAUGCGGACCAACCUGGCUCUUUCAAAGAUGCUACAAGUCUCAUCCCUUACGCAACAAAGCCUUUAUGUUAUGAUAUAAUUGUUUUUCCUCCUAGGGAAGGUACUUCUUAUGGAACUAGUUUCUUUUAUGGAGGUCCUGGAUACUCCAGUUCUUGUCAAACUUGA